AUGAUAAAAGUCGCACAAAUAUGCGACUAUCAUUUGGAUUUGGAGAAUGUGAGAGAUUGUGCAAGUUCUGGAAGUAUUCAUGGUCCUGUGAGCCUUCCCUCUUUAAAAACCAUGUCCCUCAAGGACGUAACAUUUUUAGAUGAUGAGCAGGACACAGCCAUCUGUGCCUUCCCCAGCUUAGUUUCGGGGAGUCCUUGCAUUGAGCAUUUCUUGAAACAUGUGCACAUCUUUUGCAAGGGUUUGAAAAGGCUUCUGUCGCAUAAUUGCCUACAAAGUAUGGAGAACUCGUUUUAUACUCCAAAUCUAGAGUCUUUUGAGUUUGGUGGAUAUCUGAAGGCCAAGAUCCAUUUUACAGAAGCUCCAGCGAAUUUAGUAAACUCUACAAUCAGAGUUUCGGAGAACUUAUGGCCCAUUGAAUAUUAUUCUGCUAUGAGAGAUUUUCUUGGAAGUUUCGACUGCUCUAAAAAAGUGAAGAUACAUAUUGAAGAGCCUGAGGGUGUCAUAAUACCAGAACAUUGCAGAACAGAAUUGUCUCCCCCAUUAUCUAGUAUUAAGCAGCUGCAGCUAUACUUUUCUCCUUCACUGGGGGAGAGAGAAUAUUGUUUGAGACAAUCAUUGAUUUGGAUGGCACCAUCUGCUGAAAUUCUACCAUUUCUAGAUCACGAUGACGAUGAUGAUUCUGAUGAUUUUGACGAUGAUGAUUACAAUAUUGUUGAUGAUGAUAAUGGCAUUGAUGAUGACAAUGGGAAUGUUGACAAUGAAGACGGCGACGAGUAA